AUGACCAGCAGUGCGUGCGAACAGGACAAGAACAAGUAUUCGAGCUUUCGAAAGAAGAGAAUUGUCGGCAGCAUGGCAAAUCCAACCAAGCCUCUCAGUAAAAAACGGAAGUUUGUUGCUGAUGGCGUAUUUCAAGCCGAGUUGAACAAUUUCUUCAUGCGAGAGCUGGCUGAGGACGGAUAUUCUGGAGUGGAGGUGAGGAAGACGCCCAGGAAAACGGAAAUCAUCAUCAUGGCGACCAGAACUCAGAGUGUACUUGGUGAUAAAGGUCGCCGCAUACGUGAACUGACCGCUUUGGUGCAGAAGCGCUUCGGAUUUCCAGACGACUCUGUCGAGGUACUUAAAUUAAAGUUUAAUCAUCUGCUUAAUUCUUGCAUUUUCAAACAUUGUACCUUCGUGCAUGUGAGCAUAAAUUUGCAUGCUUAUUCAGGAAGUUUACUUUUAAUUUCUAAUUUUAUUCUUCUUAUGCAGUUGCGUCGAAAACGACGUCGGUUGCCGUGCUAGCU